UUUCUAUGAAUCUAUUAUUGGAUAACCAACUCAUAGCUUUGCGUGUGCGGGACGGCCUUUAUCCACCAAUCAAUCAACGGACAAAAUCGACGGUUUUAUAAUUGACCCUACCGCUCAACGACCUGUGCGUGCUGCUGCGAUUGCAAACCAACACCAAGAAGCAAUCAAAGGAACAAAAAAUCUGCUAGAAAUCGCAGCCUGGUGAAUGAACCCUAGAUUCCUGCAGAAAAGGGGUGCGGUGAUGGCAUCAGCUUUGCUAAAGGCGAUUUUUGUCGUCCUCCUCCUCGCCAUCUCAGCUCCCAGUUCGUCGUCGAUCCCUUUCGUCGUCUUCCACGGAAUCGCAGAUCAGUGUGAUAGUAAAGAGGUUUCACAAUUUCCUCAACUUCUGAGCAACUGGUCUGGCUCCAAGGGCUACUGCAUAGAAAUUGGAGAUGGAUUUUGGGACUCUUGGUUCAUGCCACUCUACAAACAGGCAGAAAUUGCUUGCGAGAAGGUGAAAGAGUUGAAGGAACUUAGCAAUGGAUAUAACAUAGUGGGUCUUUCUCAGGGAAACUUGAUUGGUCGAGCAGUGCUUGAGUUCUGUGAUGAUGGACCUCCAGUUAACAAUUUUGUCUCACUCGCGGGGCCUCAUGCUGGUGAAGCCUCUGUUCCCUUAUGUGGUUCAGGAACCAUAUGCCUCAUUCUGGGUAACCUCAUCAAAUCACCUAUCUAUUCUGACUAUGUGCAGGAUCACCUGGCUCCCAGCGGCUAUAUCAAGAUUCCAACUGACAUUCCCAAGUACAUGGAAAAAUGCAAGUUUCUUCCAAAGCUUAACAAUGAGAACUCUACUGAAAGAAAUUCUACAUACAAGACAAGAUUCACUAGCUUACAAAAUUUGGUCCUUAUCAAGUUUGAGAAUGACACAGUUUUGGUUCCUCGAGAGACAUCUUGGUUUGGAUAUUACUCAGUUGGCACCUUCAAUACAAUUUUGCCUCCCCAACAGACCGCUCUCUAUAAGGAAGAUUGGAUCGGUUUGAAAACUUUGGAUGAUGCUGGACGAGUCAAGUAUAUCAGUGUGAUGGGAAAUCAUCUUAAAAUUUCUCAUGAUGACAUGAAGAAACAUAUUGUACCAUACUUGGUGGAGAAACUAGAGGAGCCUAUCCGCCAAGCUCUUCUAUGAUUAUAGUUCUCUUCGCGCAGACUUGGGGAUGUUGGAGCAAAUUGUUUGUAAGCUUAUUUCUAAAAAAUUUGCAACUCUAAUUUAAGUUGCAAUGAACUUUUUUAAGUUUCUAGCUUUGGAAUAUAAGUUUAUGAUCCUAAAAAUAUUAAAUAUCUUGAAUGUAUAUAUGCUAAUUUUACAAUCAACUUGUGCCUUGGAAGCUA